AUUCAUUUUUUUAGAAAUUGAUAUAGUUUAUGUAAAAUUUUUCACUUCCAGACUGAAAUUAUGACUUGUGUCUUCCUUUAUAAAAUAAAUUUUGGCUUCAGGGUUUCAUUCUAUGUCAUAUGCAUACAUUCAGUAAAGAUGUUUAUUAAAAAUAAUUGCAUGGCUGAAUCUUGAAACCAAGUAGAUAUGAAUAACACAAUUAACAGAGCACUUUGAGCGAAUGACCGUUUAAUUUGGAGUCAAUGUUAGUGUGGAAUUGGAACAUGACAUAUUCAUACUCAUUUUCAACUUGCAUUCUCAUUCUCUGUGUCAGAGUAAAACCCAGAGCCAGAGGCUUAUUAGAUUGUAAAUUUUCUCCGAGCUCGGCGGUGUGGCGCAUCGAACUAAGCAUUGGAAAUACGCUCGUCACCGCAUCUCUGAUUAUCCUGCACUUGUUCGAAUUCGAUGAGACACAAUUAUAAGCGAGAGACUCCUCGGUGCCAUAGAAUGGUUCACAUAAGCGCUGGUCGGUAACGGCUUCCUCUACCAUCAAGCCUUGCAUCUGAAACAAAUAACUGUCUAACUGAUGCCAUACGAAACAUGGACUUGUAAUUGACGGUUGGCCGUGGUUUUUUAUAUGAUUAAAUCGUCUUUUAUUAAAGAUUUUUUCCUCCCCGGGAUAAAUAUGUAAGUCCUAACAUAAUAAUCAUAGUACUUUUAUUAGAGUAGUUGAUGGCAACUGAUGUAAAAUGUAACAUAAGAUUGUGAGGAUAAAAUUUCAGAGAUGCAUAAUCUUUACAAUCUAAUCUUAUUUCAAUGACUAAGUCGAUUAACACUAUGAUUUUUUACUAUUGAUAUGUGUUAGUGUUAUCUAAGCUUAUAGUAAUUGGCGUUAUUGUUAGGGAGGAAAGAAACUUUUUCAUUCAAUAAACAUAUGAAUAUCUAAUUCUAUUUUCACUGAUGUAUAAUAUUAAGAUAAUUUGUAUAUUGGGAGCUUGCAAAAAAUUCUUGCGUUGCGAGUGUGGUUACUGCAGCUGUUGCUUUACCUUCUAGAAUAAGAGACGAUGAUAAGAAUAAGCUCGAGUAAUGAAUUCCGAUAUUCCGCCGCACGGUAUUUAAUAGGUAUGCAUUUUAUCAUUCAUUUUCUCGCCUAGUAACGGAGCUCCGUUUCUCUGGAAGGUACAUCAUUAAAAACAGUUGGCAUGUGCGACUUCGUCACGCAAUGAUAUCGUAUUCCGAGUGAAAAUAACGCUUGCGUUAUAGUUUUGUUAUUAACGUGUGUUCUCGAUUAGUCCAUGACUAUAUCCAUCGUUGUCUCGAGUCGCGUUGCUUUCUAGAAUUCUCUCGAUUUAUUUUCUCUCGUCUGAUUUGCGAAACCUCGAGUACUGUCUCGAAUUGACAGCGUCAUAGACUCGAUUGUUUGCGCGAAAUUACAGGAGAUUUCUGGAAUAGCCCAAGCCUGGUUUAUAUCUCGUGGGAGAUGACUGCCGACUAUUUUAUUAUUUGAAACCUUCGCUAGCGUAGUUUAAAUUUAUUCGAGACAGAUGCUCGCCUUUCCCAGAUACUUUGACAUGUUUGAAAUGAAACGGCCUCAAUUUAUUAAUCGCUAUUUUGAAGACGAGGACGAAAGCCCUUUUACGAACAAUCAACUGCCUCAACAAAAUAAGCAACCCAAACGCAUACAAGUACCUGUUCAACAUGAGCCAACUGCACAGCAAUAUCAGCGUCAGUUUCAGCAGAUGCCUAUACCACAACCGAGUGGUGUUUCUCAUAGUCAACAACACAGAGAUACAACAGCGCCUGUGAACAACGAAAUGCACCGGUCUGCUGAAAUGGUAAGAAAUCUUACUGAAAUUCCAGUUCAACAUGUCCCUUUAAAGAAACACGGUGAAUAUGUUUCGCCACCUAGUUAUUUGCAAAGUAAUGUGGAUAUUGAGAAAAUGCCAAAAGAAAUGGCAGUAUUAGAUACUCCAAUCGAAAAUAAAGUGGCUGAUGAGUGCAACUCAAAAACGGAUGUCUCGGAAUCACCACAGGAAACUGAAUCACAGAAUUUGGCAGAAACAUCAAAGCGCCCAGUGGUUCGGAAACAAACAUCUUUAAUUGUGUCUGACGAUCACACCACCCCAAUACCGAUGCCAUAUGAUUCUCUUGAUGACAGUAUACCUGAGGAGAUAGAAGAUGCUAAGGAUAAAAGUCCUCAACCUAAAAUGAAGACCCCCACCAUUCGAAAACAAACAUCUCUCAUAGUAUCGGAUGAUCACACAACACCAAUCCCAAUGUCGUAUGUGCAACCAUCAUGCUUGGAAUCACAGAUUGAGGAGGAACAGAAUGAAUGCGAAGGAAAUCAAAAAUUGGAAAUGAAACAAGAUUCGCCUUUGAUUGAUAAGUCUUCAAAUUUGAUGGAAGACACAGACCCGAAUACAUGUGAAAAGUCUGAGAAGGUUGUUAUUAGCCGUUCAAUGUCACAUGAUGAGGAAAUGGCAAAGCACAAGGAAAGAGUUGCACCCGCACCACGAAGAGUAAUACCAAUAAAAGUUGCUAACACAUCAACAGCUCAAGCGAGUAAAGUCCCCUUGUCAUCAAAUCAGGCAAGAGAAGUGCCUAUAAAUGUGCAACAGGGUACAGCCAGGCCAGUUCAGAGGCAACCAAGAAUGCAAAAUCAUGUAACUCAACCACAGCAUCCCAGCCCAGAACCAACCAUGUCGACUCCUGUUCAAGCUGGAAUGCCAAUGCCCCAACCACAACCUACAGCUCAAGCAGCACAGCCGAGCACUUCUUAUACUGAGCAGGGUGACACAUACACUCAACCUAAGCCACCUGCGCCAAAACCCAAAGAACAGUGGGUUGAUCCGAGAAUUACUGCUGCUCUGGAAUCUAUACAAAAAAUAGCUGAUGAAGCAAGGACUGUUGGUACACAAGUCGACGUAAUUGAAGUGACAUCAAAGGAUAAGAAAUAUCUAACUUUAGAAGAGCAAUUGACAAAACUUUUAUUGAAGUUGGACUGUAUUGAAUCUUUUGGAGAUGAAAAUGUGCGGUCAAAGCGAAAAGCAUGUAUAAAACAAGUUCAACAAACGCUUGAUGCUCUUGAACUUAAGUUAAUUGCUAGCUGAAAUUGAUAGUACUUUAUUGUGUCAUAUUUAAAUUUGCAUGUUCAGUCGCCUUCAUGUGAUCUCUGUUUUUCACAUAGUUCAUAAUAUUGAAUGGGAAGGGUUAACCUAGUUUCAGGACUCUGACCUGAGGUACUAUGUUACCAACCUUCUGUAUCCGUCAUACAUCUUGCUCUGUCUGGGAUCUAACUUCUUGAUCUAUUGUGUAACAGAACACCUUGAACUAGUGCUGGAUUUCGUGAAUUUUUUCAGUUUCUUUAUAUAUCUUAUCUCGCUAUCUGUAUUUUCGCAAUAUUUUCACGAAGAACUUUCUCAUACACCAAGAAUAAUAAAUUUCAUCAUUCAAAUUCAUGCUUUUUGUUGCACUUUUUAUGAAAUUUUUCGUGUUAUAUUUGCUUGUUAUAAUAAACAAACACGUUUCAAGUGA